AUGGCUGGAGGAGGAGAUCAAUUCCUAAAGGUAGGGGAUUGGGAGAAGCGAGAUUCAAAGAUCCGUUUCUAUAAGGACCUCGGCGAAAAUUCAUCAUACUGCAUUUAUACUGAUGAAAAAGGAAAUGUGGAGUCCAAAUUAAAGGCAUGCCAAGAAAUUAAGAGUGAAGCCCAAAAAAUUGCAGAUGGCCUCUGCUAUAUACAUUCAAAAAGGCAGGAUGAGUCGGACGAAUCAGUGCGGGAUGCAUUCUGCCAUGCCCUCUAUUAUUGGUUAGGGGACUUUGCAUGGAAAAGUGAUAGAGUUUCGAGUGGUACAAAAUUCAUAGAGGUUAUGGGUGACAUAUACAAAGCACUUUCCGAAUUCGGUGUUAGUGACAAUUGUAAAAAUAUGUACAAAGACAAUAGUAACAUCACUAAGGAUCUCUUCGAAAAAAGAAGAACUGUGUUUGAUUUUUCUUUUGACUACAAAAACAUAAAAGAGAAACUACAACUUCAUAACUACUCCUGUGAGAAGGAGUACUACGAACAUCUUGAAAAAGCACACAAAGCCUUUGGUGCUGUAAGUGAAGAUUGCCAUGGCAAAAUCGACCUAUAUUGUAUUGAAUUCAAAAAUAUUUUUGAAACGAAAAACAACAACAAUAAGAAACAAAACCCACUCACUUUAAAAAAAGGCGAAAUGCAAUCAUCAGAGGGAACUACAAUCUAUAAAGACGUCCAAUUAGAAUUAAAAUAUGCCCCACCUAAAACUAACACAGCAAUGAUCACCACCAUUUCGUCUAUAUUUUCUAUAGGAGCACUUGGAUUUGCUGCUUCUCUUUUAUAUAAGGUAAUAACCAUUCUUCAGGAAAUGAAGGAGGAGGAACAAGGAGGAACAAUAGAAAUGGAGCAUCUACCAUAUUUGAAGGGCCAUCUCAAAGAAGAAGAACAGCAGCAGGAACAUAUACUGCACCAAGUCAUCACCGGACAAAUAUACGUUAUCAUCCCUAGGUGA